AUGUCCGACAUGUUCGCUACCUACGUCUGUGAAAGAGGUGGGAAGCAGUUCACACUGGAAAACAACAGAACACUGUUGUCUAUGAAGUAUUUGCACAGUUGGGUAAAUCACAGUGAAAACUUUGUGAACCCUAAUACUGGGACCCAUACUAACACUAUUGAAGGGUUGUGGGAGACGCGGAUCAAGCGUCACAUCAAGGCAAUGAGAGGCAUGGGCAUCGACCGUCUAGGCGCCUAUCUAGACGAGUAUAUGAGGCGAUCCUGGAUUUUCCCUGCUAAACCUACCUCGGGUCAAUUUAUGGCAGGCGUGGUAGUUGCAAUUUUAAGAAUCCAGUAA